AGUUGACAAGCGCCGUAUCGUAUUUACAUGAUAAGAAUAUUAUUCAUUGUGAUCUGGUAAUAAUUUGUUACUUUUUAAGUGAUAUUGAAAAUUCAUUUUUAUAUUAAUCAAUUUUUUUAAUUUUUUUUUUUUAAAAAAAAAUAACAAAAACAACAACUAAAUAAAUAAAUAAAUGGUAGCAUGCUAAUAAUAUACUUAUAAGUAAGAACGGUAUUAAACUGGCAGAUUUUGGAUUAUCAAAGAAAAUUGCUGAACGAUCAAGUAAUGCAUCGAAAAUUCUUGGCGUGAUACCUUAUGUCGAUCCAAAAUCUUUUAAUAAUGAUAACUAUUUGUUAAGCAAGAAAUCUGACGUAUAUAGUGUUGGAGUGCUUUUAUGGCAAAUAUCAAGUGGACGCGAGCCAUUCAAAGAUAAGGGUUUUGAUUAUGAUUUAAGGUUAGUCAUGUCUAUAAAUGAUGGACUAAGAGAAAAAAUUAUUGAAGGAACUCCCGUUGAAUAUUCUAAGUUAUAUACGGAAUGUUGGAAAAAUGAACCAGAUGAACGCCCAGACAUGCAACAAGUCGUUUCAAUUCUUAAAACAAUGUUUGAAAAUGAAGAAAAUUGUUCAUUAGAGAAUUUAAUUAAUGAUAGUUUAAUAUCAUUAAAUACAUCAACAAAUGAUGAAAAUGAAUCUUUUAUAAUAGAGUUUGAAAAUGAUUUGAUAGUUAAUGGUCAAACUGUUGACGAAUUAAUUGAAUAUAUUAUCAAUAAACAUGAUUUAGGCUUUGCAUUUGAUCAAAUACAACAAAUGUUACAAUUGAAUAAAACUACAGAAAAUCUUAUCAAUUGGUUAUUAAAUAAUCAAUAUAAAGCACAAUAUAAAUGGUUUUUGGGAUUGUUUUAUUAUUACGAUAUUGAUACAGAAGAUACGGAAGAAAAUAGUAGUAAAGCAUUGAAAUUGUUUUCAAGAGCGUCAGAGGAUAACUUUUCAUUAGCUCAAAUAUAUCUUGGUAAAUGUUACAAUGAUGGAGAAGAAACAGAACAGAGUAAAUAUUUAGCAUUCACAUGGUAUCAAAAAUCUGUAGAAAAUGGAAGUAUUUUGGGACAAUUUUAUUUAGGAUAUUGUUAUGAAUUUGGUAUUGGAACAAAAAAGAAUGAGAAUAAAUCAGUUUAUUGGUAUCAAAAAGCAGCUAAUAAUGGAAAUAUAACUGCAAAACUUUAUCUUGCAAAUUGUUAUAGGUUUGGAAAAGGAGUUAAAAAAGAUGAAGUUAAAGCUUUCAACUAUUAUAAGUCCUUAGCUAGACAAAAAAUUGCCGAUGCUCAACAACAACUUGGAAAUUAUUUGUAUAAUGGAAUUGGAACUGAAAUAGAUGAAGUGAAGGCAUUAUACUGGUAUAAAAAGGCAAUAACUAAUGGAAAUGUAAUUGCAAAAGAAAUAAUUAAAAAAUAUUAUAAUAUAAAAAUUAAAAAAAAUAACCUUUCAUUAAAUUACAUAAUUUUAUUUUUUAAAAGUUUACACCAACUUGGAUUGUAUUUUAUUGGAAAAAUAUUAUUAAUGGAUACAAAUUUUAGGAAAUCAUUUAAUUAUUUUCAAAAAGCUGCGGAAAAAGAAAAUAAAUUUGCACAAUAUAUUUUGGGUGAUUUUUACAAAAAUGGUAAUUAUGUAAAAAAAAAUAUAAGAAAAGCUUUUGAAUUAUAUCAAAAAUCAGCUAAACAAGGAUAUAAAUAUGCGCAAUUUCAACUGGGAUAUUAUUAUGAUUAUGGAAUUGGAAUUGACAUAAAUAGAGUAAAGGCAUUUGAAUUGUACAAAUUAGCAGCAGAAAAAGGCCAUAAUAUUGCACAAAAUAAUCUUGGCAUGUUAUAUUUAAGAGGUGAAGGAACUGAAAAAGAUUUGAAUACAGCCAUUUAUUGGUUUCAAAAAGCAGCAAAAAAUGAUGAAAGUUAUGCACAGAAUAACUUGGGAUUAUGUUAUGAAUUAGGAUUAGGUAUUAAUAAAGAUGAAAUUAAAGCUUUUGAAUAUUAUAAAAAAUCAGCUGAAAAUGGAAACAUAAACGCAAAAUUUCAACUUGGUUAUUGUUAUGUAAGUGGGGUUGGAACUGAAGUUAAUAAAAUAAGGGGAUUUGAAUUGUAUGAUGAAGCAGCUGGAAAUAAUAAUAAUAAUAUUCAAGUUAUAAAUAAUGAAAAAAUUGAUACUUAUUUAGAUAAAAUUAAUCAUUGGUAUAAAAAAGCAGCAGAAAAUGACAGUAGCGCAUUAUAUGAUCUAGGUAUGUGCUAUGAAUUUGGAAAAGGUGUAUAUCAAAAUGAAAUUAGGGCAUUUGAAUUUUAUAAAAAAUCGGCUCAUCAAGGAUUUAAUGAUGCUCAAUGUAAACUUGGAUAUUGUUAUGAUCAUGGAAUUGGAGUUGAUAUUAAUAAAGAAAAGGCAUUUGAAUUUUACAAAUUAGCAGCAGAAAAAAAUAAUUGUGAAGCACAAGGGAGUCUUGCACUUUUAUAUGAACAAGGCGAAGGAACCAAAAAAAGUAUAGAAGCAGCAAUUUAUUGGUAUAAAGAAGCAGCAAAUAAUGGUUGUCCAGAGGCUAAAGAAAGGUUGGGUAUUCUUUUGAAACAGGGAAUCUCUCAAUAGAGUUAUAUCAAUGGAACACUAUAUAUAAUAUAUUAAUUUUAAGCCAAUUGUAAUGAAAUAGUUUAGUUAUAGUUUUUCGAAUUAUAAUAUAGUAAAAUAUAGAAAACUGAGACGAAUUCGGUCGCGAUUCUAUAAUUUAUAUCUUAACGAAAAAAUCAAUUGAGCAACGUAAUCAAUUGAGCAACGUAAAACGACUUAUUUUUAUAUAUUACUUAUUUAUUACCGGAUUGCGUGAAAUUGGGGCUGGAGUGACAAAACGUACUAAAUGUUCUGGGAACUUAGAAUUUAACGACGUAAAUCCGGUUGCUAACACAGCCAUAGAAAAUUCUUAUCUAUGUAUAUUUUUGUAUUUUUAUUUUAUAUAUUAUAUUAUUAUGUGUAAAUAAAUAUUUUUGAGGUUUUGUGUUAAAAAUAAACGCCGUAGCACAAAU